AUGGAACCGACCACCACCACCAUGGAACUGACCACAACCACGGAAACAACAUCCACCAUGGAACCGACCACUUCCAUGCAGACCACCACCAUGAAACCGACCACCACCAUGGAACCAACCAUUACCAUGGAACCGACCACUACCAUGGAGACCACCACAAUAGAGUCGAUCACUACCAUGGAAACCACCACCUUGGAACCAACCACUACCAUGGAAACCACCACCAUGGAACCAACCACUACCACGGAACCGACCACUACCAUGGAACCGACCACUACCACGGAACCGACCACUACCAUGAAGACCACCACCAUGGAACCGACCACCACCAUGGAACCGACCACUACCACGGAACCGACCACUACCAUGGAACCGACCACCACCAUGGAACUGACCACCACCAUGGAACCGACCACUACCACGGAACCGACCACUACCAUGGAGACCACCACCAUGGAACCGACCACUACCACGGAACCGACCACUACCAUGAAGACCACCACCACGGAACCGACCACUACCAUGGAGACCACCACCAUGGAACCAACCACUACCACGGAACCGACCACUACCAUGGAACCGACCACUACCAUGGAACCGACCACUACCAUGGAACCGACCACUACCACGGAACCGACCACUAACACGGAGCCGACCAUUACCAUGGAGACCACCACCACCAUGGAACCAACCACUACCACUGAACCGACCACCACCAUGGAACCCACCACUACCACUGAACCAACCACUACCACUGAACCGACCACCACCAUGGAACCAACCACUACCAAUGAACCAACCACCACCAUGGAACCCACCACUACCACUGAACCGACCACCACCAUGGAACCAACCACUACCACUGAAGCGACCACUACCACUGAACCGACCACCACCAUGGAACCCACCACUACCACUGAACCAACCACUACCACUGAACCGACCACCACCAUGGAACCAACCACUACCACUGAACCAACCACUACCACUGAAACGACCACCACCAUGGAACCAACCACCACCACUAAACCAACCACUACCACUGAACCAACCACUACCACUGAACCAACCACUACCACUGAAACGACCACCACCAUGGAACCAACCACUACCACUGAACCGACCACCACCAUGGAACCGACCACUACCACUGAACCGACCACUACCACUGAACCGACCACCACCAUGGAACCAACCACCACCACUACACCGACCACCACUACUACGUCGACCACCACCACUACACCCACCACCACCACUACCACUACACCGACCACCACCACUACACCGACCACCACCAGUACCACACCCACCACCACUACCACUACACCGACCACCACUACCACCACCACUACCACCACAACAACAACAAAAGCAACAACAACAACACGCCGAACCACCACCACCACCACCACCAAACGCCCGCUCAUUCCCAUCAACCCACACAGCGCCGAUGGACAGUCACGUGACCUGAACCGACCAAUCACGAGCGGCGCUGAGAGGAGAGGUAAUGACGUCACGCGCGAGCCAGCCAAUGGGAGACGAGAAUCCGGACCUUUACGAACGCGGAGUAAUACAAGAUUCAGUUAUUUUGGAACUAGUUUUUGGGGGCGUUCGGCGCGGAGGGAAAUGCUGUGAUGAAGUUUUUAGUGUUAUUUUUGUUGUUUUUUGUUAUUAUAA